AUGAAUUCAUCAUAUGGUAAGACUAAUCAAAAACCUAUUAAAACUGAUCUUGUUUAUAAACAAAUAUCUGUUAAAAAUAAUAAAGGAGAUAUUCAAUAUGAUGCUGAUAGAUAUUUAAAAAAGAACUCGUUAUUAGUCAAAUCAUUUUAUGAUGUUGCUGAAAAUAUUAGAUGCUUUGAAUGUAAUAAAAGUUUUGAUGAUUUCUUUGUUCCAAAUCUCAUUGGUGUUCAAACUCUUACCAUGUCAAAACGUAUUAUGAAUGAAGUUAUGUGUUUAGCAGAAGAUCUCAAUAUUCCAAUUUAUUAUCAAGAUACAGAUAGUAUGGAUGUAUUAAAAUCAAGAAUUACUGAAUUAGAAGAUGAAUAUUAUAAGAAAUAUAAUAGAGUACUUAGAGGUUCUGAUAUGGGACAAUUUCAUCCAGAUUUUGAUGAAUUAUCUGGAGAUGUUACUAAAUUAUAUAAGAAACUAUAUGAUGGAGAAUCAUUUAAUUUAAUCUUUUACAACUUAGAGCAUCAUUUGAAUUUACUAAAGAUUUUAAAAUUAAAUCAAGAUCUCAAUUCUGUAGAAAUAUUAAAUUUAAUACUGAAUUGGGUUCAUUUUAAAAAAUAUAAAUGUCUCUUUCAAAGGAAUAAGAAUUAUCUAAAUUUUAUAAUACUUAUAAAGAUAAAAUAUACAUAUAAUAAUAGAGAUAAAUUAUUUGGGGUUCAUUUUAAUACUGACUCAAAACAUAAUUUAAAAAAUUUUUAUUCUUGUAUUUAUAAUUAUUUUAAUAUUAGUAAUAAUAGAAUACAAAAAUUAUUAGAUGAUAUAUAUGUUAUAUACAUUAAUAAUAAACGAAGUAUAAAUACAAGUAUAACUAAAAUGAAAGUUCCAACUGAAUUAAAUGCUGAAAUAAGACCACAACCAAUUAUUAAUCAACAUGGAUCAACUACCACCAUAGCUACUUAUCCAAACACAAAUAAUAAUAAGAAAGAUGGAACAAUUAAACAAUUAUUUAAUGUAGAUAUGAAUCAAUAUGUUUUAUCAUUAGAUGAAAAUAUAUAUACUUAUUAUAAUAACAAAGAUAUAAUUUAUUCUAAUAAUUUUAAACCAUCACCACCUAAAUAUUCAUUUUACAAUUAG